GGUGCCGAGUUCUCGGGUUCGCUCUUCUGAUUUAAACCGCGGCUGCAGGGCGGUUAACUGAAGCCUCGGCGCGUGAGCAGGCCGUGCGCCUGCGCGAGCUACGGGACACUAACGGAAGCCUGCGGAGCUUGGCUAUCCCGGACUCGGUGCGGCGAACGGACCUUGACGGGGCAGGUUUUUCUUUAACUUGAAAACUAAUGGCAGUGGAGGUACACUGAAAUAAGGUGCUACAGUAGACUAGCCUGAUUGAUGAAACUUAUCAAUGAUUGUACUUCAUAUUAGAAAUAAAGCCUGAAGUCAAGAUUUCCCCACUCUAAGCAAUUUUGAUGGCAGAAAAAAGAAGGUUCUACAGUGAAGGGGAGCCAAUGGAGGAACUCAUGGGACUCGAUGGACAAAAAUGGGCCAAUAUGGAUCCAGAAGAACGAAUGUUGGCAGCUGCUACAGCUUUUACCCAUAUCUGUGCAGGGCAGGGUGAGGGAGAUAUCAGGAGAGAUGGCCAGCCUAUCCAGUAUGAUCCCUACAGUAAAGCUUCAGUAACCCCAGGAAAGCGACCUGCUUUUCCUAUGCACCUGCAGUACCCACACAUAGAAAGUAAUGCCACUUCAGAAACAGCCUCCGAGGCCUCCCAAAGACUCCGAAAGCCAGUAAUGAAGAGAAAGGUGUUGCGAAAGAAACCAGAUGGGGAAGUAUUAGUGACUGAUGAGUCGAUUAUCAGUGAAUCAGAGUCUGGUACAGAGAGUGAUAUGGAUCUCUGGGACUUAAGACAAAGGCUGAUGAGUCUACAGUGCCAUGAAGACAGGGAAUCCCCAGCUGACAUUUCACAAAAACUUAAUCUACCACAUGAGUACCAAGGAAUUUCUCAAGAUCAGCUCAUUUGCUACCUACGAAGAGAAGAAAUGGGCCCUCCGGCUUAUGAACAAGACCUGAUUGUUGCCAGCCGACCCAAGUCCUUUAUCCUCCCAAGGCUGGACCAGCUGAACAGAAACCGAGGCAAGAUAGACCGGGUAGCCCGAUAUUUUGAGUACAAACGAGACUGGGACUCAAUGAGGUUACCUGGUGAGGAUCAUAGAAAGGAGUUACGCUGGGGUGUCAGAGAGCAGAUGCUUUCUCGAGCAGAACCCCAGUCCAAACCUCAGCACAUCUAUGUUCCAAACAAUUACUUGGUGCCAACUGAGAAGAAAAGAUCUGCCCUUCGUUGGGGUGUUCGUUGUGACCUUGCAAAUGGUGUCAUGCCCAGGAAGUUUCCCUUCCCGCUUUUUCCUUCUUAAAAAAUUUUUUUAACCUCUUUUAUGGGAUUGUUUGGGGAUAACCUCGUUCUUUAUCUCUGUCCUUCUAUUUAAAUAGAAACAACUAACUUGAAAGCCCAUGGAACAUUAUAGAGUAAGGACCUCACCCAUCACUGGUCUUUCCUAGGUCUUUAUCACAUUGGUAUCAAAUACCAUUUCAAUUCCAAAUUACACUCAAAUCCAUUAAUUGUAAGAGAAAGCCACAGAUCUACUCUUCCCUUUGUCAAGAUAGCACUGUUUCUGUUCUAUACUGUUUUUAAUCUUUGGCCAAUGUGAGCUGCUGUUUUUAAGGUUGCUGGGCAUUAAGCUUAUUCAUUAAAGAAUUGGGAUUUUGUGAACUUGAUCUUAGUUUUACUUAUUAAUACUUCCCAAAG